AUGAAUGAAGGGUCUGAUCCAAUUGAUAUUUAUGAUAAACUCACUGAUAAAAUCAAUGUUCAACUAAUAGAAAACGGUGCAUUUUAUCCUUCAGAUAAUCCGGGAAAUCGCAAGUCUCAACCACUAUGGUGGGACGAAGAGUGCGAUGAAUUAAUUGAGAGACGUAGGUUGGCUAGAGGAGAGUUUCUCCUGAACCAAAAUCUGGCUUCAAGGGAACACUAUAGGAGAAUAGAUAAUGAGGUUAAAAGAGGAUUGAGAAAAAAAAAGUCACAAUCGUUUAAAAAGUUUUGUGGAAGUAUUGAUCCUUCCAUGGGACUCUCAAAAAUUUGGAAGACGGUUAGGUCCUUUUCGAACAGAAACGCCCCUCUCACCUCUAAUGUAUGCAACGACCCUGAAUCAGAGGUUUUUCAGGCUCUUCAGGAAGACUUAGUAAAGCCUCAGAUAGAGGCAUUUGAACUACCGAUGAGAACAGAAGUAGAUGAGGAAGAUCCUUUGAAUCGUCCGUUUUCUGAAAGAGAGUUUUCUUCUUCUCUUUUAUUAUGUAAAAAUGAGACCACCCCUGGACUUGACGAUAUUUCUUAUUCGACUAUUAAAAAAUUACCUAAAGAGGUUCGUGAUCUUAUUCUUAAAAUAUUUAACAGGUUCUUUAUGGAAUCUCGAUUUCCGCCUCAAUGGAGAAAUACAAAAGUGAUUUUUGUCCCCAAACCUGCUGGAAAGGGAUUUAGACCAAUAUCAUUAACAUCCAACCUUUGCAAACUUUUUGAACGCCUUGUUCAUAGACGCUUAGAGUUUCAAUCAGAAAGUAAGAACUGGAUACCAGAUAUCCAGUUUGGAUUUAGGAGAGGAAGGUCCUCGCUCGAUUGUGUCUCAACCCUUGUCACAGAUAUUUCGGAUGGUUUUCUGGAAAAUAGGGGUACUUUGGCUUUGGCGCUUGAUGUUAAGGGUGCUUUCAGCAAUCUGCUGCCGCAAGCAAUAUAUGAUAGGCUGCUGGAGUUGGGAGUAUCGGAAAGAAUUCAGAACUUUGUAUCCUUUAUUACCUCCAAGAAGAAUUUAUUCUUUCGUUCCUUAAAUGAUGGAUAUAGGAUAUCUGGUAUUGGGGUUCCUCAGGGUGGUGUUCUUUCUCCCUUGUUGUUUAACCUUGCCUUAAUCAAGAUCCAAUCGAAACUCCCUGUUGGAGUAAGAAUUGCGAUGUAUGCAGAUGACAUACUGAUUUAUGUAAGAUUUCGAGUAAUUUCUGAUGCCUUGGAGCUUUUAAGAAGCUCGAUCGAAUCCUUAACUCCAUGGCUCUCAGAUAUGGGUCUAUCAAUUUCAGUUCCAAAAACUCAAGUAUGUGUAUUCUCACGAUUUCAGGAAAGAUAUGAAGACUCAUUCUUACUAAUUGAUAAUUUUGAGAUUCCCGUAGAGGAAUCUCUGUUAUAUCUUGGCAUCCUAUUGGACCGUAAGUUGUCGUGGCAAAAACACAUAAAACGUGUGGCUCAAAUGGCUGACAGAUCUAUUAACAUCCUUAGAGCGAUUGCUAGGAUCACUUGGGGAGCUAACCCUGCCUCCCUGCUUAUGGUCUACAGGGGGUUGAUCCGAGCUCACUUAGAGUGGGGCUGCCAACUGUUUAUGGUUGCUGCUGAAUGUUACUUGGUCAUCUUGGAUCGUGUCCAGAACUCGGCAAUGAGAGUCAUACUGGGAUGUAUGAGUACAACUCCUCGUAAUUUUCUGCUGGCUGAAUUAAAUGAACCUCCUCUGUCCUUACGACGUUCCAUGCUCUCAGAGAGAUUCAUAAUUCGAAACUAUUCAUGGAGAACGAAUAUUCUGAUCCUUAAGUUACAGGUUUUGGUUGGUAAGCUCAAGAGGAAAAAGAAGCUUCGAAAAUAUCAGAACAGAUUUCCACUGAUUUAUGCAUAUUCACGUGUUGUGAAUCUGUCACAAAACCCUACCAAAUCAAAUAAACCAGGUCGUCUGGACUUUACCUGGCGAGAACUAACUAGUCCUGUCCACGUUGACCUUGAUACUGGAAAGGAGUUAAAAAAUAAUUCAAAUCCUAAUUCUAAGUUGAAUUCCCACCUAAGAGAUAAUUUCUUGGAUUACUCUGUGUUUUACACGGAUGGCUCAAGAUCUAUUGAAAAUGGCAGGUCAAGUUGCAGCUUUGUUCUUCCUCCUAAUGUGGAGUUUGGAGUACGUCUAAAUGACUUCUCUUCAUCCUCUACAUGUGAGGCCUAUGCAAUAUUAUCUUCACUUAAAUAUAUCUAUUCGCAUGAUAUUGAUAAGGCUCUGAUUAUUUCUGAUGCGCGUAGAAUCCUAACGGAUAUAAGUGAUCGAAUGGGCAAUCCAAAUCUGCAUCAAUUAAUUCAUGGUAUCGUGCAGAUGGUUGGGAAGAUUGAGGAUGAAGGACGUUCACUGUCUUUUUUGUGGGUCCCUGCGCAUGUAGGAAUUGUAGGAAAUGAGUUAGCUGGUAGUGUCGCAAAAAAUGCCUUAUACUUUGAAUUCGGUAAAUUCCAUGGUAUUCCAUGUAGAGACUUGACCGAAAUGGUCCGCGACGAAACCAGAAAUUGGCAUCGAAGUAGUUGGCCUCCGUGUUCUAGAUCAACGUCAAAUAAUGUUUAUUUCAGGAAAAUAGGAGUGAAGACUCCACGUCCAUGGUUUGAUAAGUUUGCAGCACCCCGUGGAUAUAUUAACCUAAUAACUCGAUUAAGAAGUUGCCAUACUUGUACGAGUGACCACUUUUUGCGUAUGGGGUGGCAUGUGGAUACUCAGUGCGUUUGUGGGGUUGGGCAGAAAAACCUCUUACACUACUUGAGGGAUUGCCCCGUUCUCUCUCCGGGAAGACCUGCUCUUUUUCAAUACCUAAAUACAAGAAUUGUAAACUUUUCCUCGGCAGUGCCGGAUCUAUCUCAAAUAAUUUAUGACCCUGAUAUACAGGUUGUACGCAACUUAGGGAAAUUUUUUGAGAAAGGAAAUAUAACCCUAUAA